AUGUUAUAUUUAUUAUUGAUUCCGGCUCUUGCUUAUGUUCAAGAAUAGUAUUUGAUGGAAAUCUAUAAUUAAAUGAAUGGGAUCAAAGAGUCCAUCUAAUAAUUAGAGUACUAUACAGCACUUGAGAAAUUAGAAUGGAAAUCACGCUAAGAUAGAUAGUUUGAAGAGGAAGGAAUGACAAUCUAUUUAGAACAUUAUGCUGAUGUGAGUUAAAGUACACUUAAAUUAGGUUAAAAAAUUACUCAAAACAAGACUCUUUUAUGAUAAAAAGGAGAAGGAUAGCUUAGAACUCUUUCUUCAUGAGACAUACCUUAAAGUCAUAAAUCUUCUAAAACGCCUAAUAAUAGAUAAAGUAUCAUAAUUUUAUUGAAUGUCUUAAGGAUAAAUUGAUUGAGGCUGACACUAGAGAAUUGGCAAAGAUCAAACUUUAGGCAAGAGAGGAUGCUUAGAAGAGAUUUGAUGAAUACAACUUUUUACUUUAAAAAAUUAAAGAGGGUAAAAGUAUAUGAUUAAUUAUUAGUGGUUGAUUCUCCAAAUAUAUAAGAUAUUUUCAAAACUUUAGAAUUAUUGGAGUCAAAGAUUAUGAUUGGCCUAUUCAAAUCUAAUCCUAGUUAAGAAUUAGAUUUCUUUAUAAAAGGAGUAGACCGACUCUUUAAAUAAAGCAACCAUUCUAACUCUAGAAAUGAAGCACUAUUAUUAUUGAGUUUGAUGCAUACAGUCAUCCAAGAAACUCUUAUGGAUAUGAGGAAUGAAUAAUUAGAAACUUCCUUCGAUCUCUUAGAAAAAGAACUUUUCUAUACUCAAUCUAAAAACACACAUUAAUAAGCUAAAGAAUCUUUGAGUACUCUUCUAACGAAAAUUGAAUGUAAGAUAAAUUCAUAUAUCUAUUAAUAAGUAACAGGAGCCAAGUUUUGGAAUGACCAACUCUAACUAAAUAGUAAUGAUGAUCAUUUAGUUUAAAUCUUUUAGAGUUCUCUUGAUGAUGCAAUGUUGAUGAGUAAUCGAUCCAUUUAAUAUCAUCAACUAUUAUCAGAUACUCUUAAAGCUAUGUUGGAACGUUUUCUUUAACGUUGACAUUUAGUUAAUUAAUAUUCUGACUCCUAUUAUUGGAGUUAAUAAUAUAUCAAUAUAUAUACAAUCU